UCUCAGGCUCCUGAGAACUCAGGACAGCUGCCCUGUCUUGAAAUCUUUCAGUUUCAGCUUCAGCUAGAGGGUAAAGUGAUAUGAUCAUGAGACUUCUUGGCACAGCCCUGCUGCUUUCCCUGGUUCUGUGCUGCUUCUUGGAUACUGCACAUACUGCUUUACGAGCACGAGAUGCUAAAUGCAAUUACCCAUUAAUUGGAUGCCCCAGACACUAUGAUCCUGUCUGUGGCACUGAUGGACAUACUUAUAACAAUGAAUGUUUGCUGUGUUCAGAAAUUAGGAAAAGAAAUGUUCCUAUCCAGGUUAAAAAAGAGGGGAGAUGCUAAGGAACCAAAAUAUCCUCGAGCAGCACCACGAUUGGUCACCCUGAUUCGUUAAUAAAUGAUGAGACUGAC